AUGUUUGCAUGGAUUACAGCCGGUGAUUAAACCCAAGGAGAACACAGAAGGGACAUCCCUAAACUCAGGCGGCUACAAAAGGCCCCCGCCAGCCGCUACUCUCACCCUAAGUCCCAUUGUUGUGUGACUGUGAAGAGGGAUAACCUCCGCUUCACAGUAGACCCAUUGGGCUGAGAGGUUUGUGCACCAGCUGCAACAAAAAGGCUCCAUAUUUCUUAUCUACACAUACUCGGGUGUAAGAGAGAAAUGGGUAACUCAACAGGAAGCACCGUGGACGACCUGCAGGCGGUGGAGAUGCACCUCUGGUACAAGAAGUUCAUGACCGAGUGCCCCUCAGGUCAGCUCACCCUGCACGAGUUCAAGCAGUUCUUCGGCCUGCGAGGGCUGGACCCCGAGGCCAACGCCUACAUAGAGCAGAUGUUCCGCACGUUUGACAUGAACAAGGAUGGCUACAUAGACUUCAUGGAGUAUGUGGCCGCUCUCAGUCUGGUGAUGCGAGGAAAGAUGGAGCACAAGCUGCGCUGGUAUUUCAAGCUUUAUGAUGUGGAUGGCAACGGCUGCAUUGACCGACACGAGCUCCUCAACAUCAUAAAGGCCAUCCGAGCAAUCAAUGGGAAUGAAAAUCAGGACAUCAGUGCUGAGGAUUUCACUAACCGUGUGUUUGACAGGAUUGAUAUAAAUGGAGACGGUGAGCUUUCCUUGGAGGAGUUUGUGGCCGGCGCUCGCACUGACGAGGAUUUCAUGGAGGUGAUGAUAAAGAGUCUGGACCUCACCCACAUUGUGGCUAUGAUCCACAACAGGAGGCACAGCGUUUAGGAUCUGCCCAGUCCGACUACCUCAUCCUCAUUCAUGAUUUAACCCGAGAGCUUCAGUACAUCGCCUCUGGUAAAAAAGUAAUUUAUAGACUGAGAUUUCUAUUAAGAUUGAAUCCAGUUUAAUAUAAUGCCAGUGUACUGCAAACACUGACAUUUCUUUUUCUUUCUUGAAUCUCUAAAAGAGUGACACACAUGCACUUUAAAUGCAUUUGGAUGACUCAGUCAACCUUUGCAAACUGGUCAUUGUCCUUGUUUAAUGACGCUGAGCUCUCCCAAGGCCACCUUGGCAUGAGGGAUGAUCUCUCAGACGGUCCACUUACCCACUGAUACCUCGGGGGAUAAAAGAGGGAGAUAGUGGAGUAGAGUGGCAAUUAUACGCACUCAAUGCUUUCCAAAUCUUUUUUUUUUCCCUGGGUCUGAGCUCCUCUGCAUCAAAUUACUCAACUCUCUGUUUACCCGUUCUUGCCUGUGGGUAAACAGGAGGAAAACUAUGACUCCGCAGUGUGCUUAACAUCCUAACAUCCACGCUAAUGUCAAGUCAAAGGCUCUAACACAGGAAGAGAUUUGAAGAAAUUAAGCAGUGUGUGCAGAUACAAAUGUUUUACCUUUUAUUUUUAUAUUUUUCACCUUUUUUUAAACUUUUAAAAAAAGGAUUCAAGUUGAAGCAAAAGGCGAAAAAUUACUGGCUUGGGGUUUUGUAACAUAUUGGUGUGUGGGUGUUUCUUUGGCCGUAUGUUUCUCUGCCUGUUCAGCAUACAUACAGAUAUAGAUCACCUCUGUUGUUACUUAUUUGUACAAUAAAAACCUAU